UCCUUCAAAACUAAUUUCUCUACCACACCGUGGCUGUGUUUGAUUUACAUCACAAUCAAACCAAUUUAUUAAUCUCACGAAAAUCUCUCUCAAUCUCAACCUUAUGCUUUCUUAUCCUUUCUCACAAUUGCGGAUAUUUGGCAGUGCCUACAAUACAGAAAAUGGAAGAUGAGGUGGUGGUGGUGAAGAUUGGGAUACGAGGCUGUGAAGAGGCUCCGCGUCCUUGGGAUGACGGAGCUCAUUCCACCAUCAGACAAAUCGUGAUUACUCAUGAUAAAUGUAUCCACUCAGUUAACAUCGAGUAUGACAAUAAUGGUGAAUCAAUUUGGAAGCCCAAGCAUGGUGGAAACAGGGGUUCCACUUCUGAGGUUACAACACAGCAACCCCUAAAUUAUUCUCUCUCCAGUACUUCUAAAUAUCUAUUCACUUUAUUGGAAUCGAGUGAUAAAUUGCAGGUUGUUUUAGAUUAUCCAAACGAGUACCUGAUUUCAAUCUAUGGCUACUACAGCGACUUAGCGCACAUAAUGGAGAAGAGAGUUCCAACUCCAACUACAGUGAUUCGAUCGCUAACUCUUGAAAGUAAUAGAAAAACUUACGGACCAUUUGGGAUGGAAGAAGGAACCAAAUAUUCCUUCCCAAUCGUGGAGGCGAAGAUCGUUGGAUUCCAUGGGAGUUCUGGUUGGUUUCUUGAUGCAAUUGGAAUCUAUGUACAACCAAUUUCUUCUUCCCAAUUGGUGCAACCUGCUCAACAUAAAUUUGAAAUUACGGAAGUUGAAAUUAAUGAGCAUUUUAGUUUGGGAGAAUAUGGUGGGAAAGAUGGGGAACCAUGGAGUGAGACUUUUCAAGCAAUCAAACAGUUGUUGAUUCAUAAUGAUGAACAUCGGAUUGUUUCUAUCCAAAUGGAAUAUGUGGAUGAGAAUGGACAUUUUGUUUGGUCUAACAAACAUGGUGGAGACGAAGGUUCUCCAUCCCAGGUUGUUUUUGAAUUUCCAAAUGAGUAUCUAGUUUCGAUUCAUGGCUACUAUAAAUCUGAACUGGGUACAAUUGUGAUCCGAUCCUUGACUUUUGAAACCAGUAAAACUAGUUAUGGGCCAUUUGGGAAUGAAGAUGGAACCAAUUUUUCCUUCCCAACAGCUGGGUUGAAGAUUGUUGGCAUCCAUGGAAGAUCCAACACUUCGCAUCUCAAUGCCAUUGGACUCCUUGUGACAUUGAUUCAACGUUAUUAGGACCUAUGCAUGUGCUGCUAUAUCAAUCGUCCCAGUGCUUAUUUUUUUACUCACUUUCAAUUCAUUACCAUUGGAACUAAAAUCUUGAAACUCUUUUCUCCAUAAAUGACAUUUAAAAUCAACUGUAAUGACCUUGAACUUUAUUGAAUGAUACCAAUUGCUCGAUGUUAACCACAAA